AUGAGCUGGAGCACCGUGCGGAGGCUCAAAACCUCAGUGAGGAAGCUCUUGGGCAACCACAUCGACCGAGGUAAGCUCAAGAAAGCAACCGACAACCUAGAGGAUAAGAGCAAGCAAUAUACGAGCGUCCGGAUCUCAGAAAUGAGCGUGAAGAACGUGGAGCAGUGCCUCUAUCUUCAAUUCGAUAGCCAUGAUCGGGAGAUGAAGGACGUGCAGUCGCUUCCGCUCCCUACCUCGUGA